CCGUUUGGCCCUUUUCCAAAACUGUGGGGUCUGCGGUGGCGGGAAAAGCACCACCCAGCCUCAACAUGUCACCUCGCGGAGGAGGAGCCAGAUGGCUGAGUGCUAGCAAGGAAAAUUCAGGACCAUGAUGGCUCAGUUUCCCACAGCUAUGAAUGGAGGGCCAAACAUGUGGGCUAUUACCUCUGAAGAACGGACUAAGCAUGACAAGCAGUUUGAUAACCUCAAACCCUCAGGAGGUUACAUAACAGGUGAUCAAGCACGUACCUUUUUCUUACAGUCAGGCCUGCCAGCUCCUGUUUUAGCUGAAAUAUGGGCUUUGUCAGACCUGAACAAGGAUGGGAAGAUGGAUCAGCAAGAGUUCUCCAUAGCUAUGAAACUCAUCAAACUAAAGCUUCAAGGCCAACAGUUGCCCGUGGUUCUUCCCCCUAUUAUGAAACAACCUCCUAUGUUCUCUCCAUUAAUUUCUGCUCGUUUUGGAAUGGGAAGCAUGCCCAAUCUGUCCCUUCCUCAGUCAUUGCCUCCGGUCGCACACAUAGCAACUCCCUUGUCCUCUGCGACUUCAGGGACCACCCGUCCUCCCCUAAUGAUGCCUGCUCCCCUAGUGCCUUCUGUUAGCACUUCAUCAUUACCAAAUGGAACCGCCAGUCUCAUUCAGCCUUUAUCCAUUCCUUAUUCUUCUUCAACAUUGCCUCAUACGUCGUCUUACAGUCUGAUGAUGGGAGGAUUUGGUGGUGCUAGUAUACAGAAAGCCCAGUCUCUGAUUGAUUUAGGAUCCAGUAGCUCAACUUCCUCAACUGCUUCCCUCUCAGGGAACUCACCCAAGACUGGGACCUCAGAGUGGGCAGUUCCUCAGCCUUCAAGAUUAAAAUAUCGGCAAAAAUUUAAUAGUCUUGACAAAAGCAUGAGUGGAUACCUCUCAGGUUUUCAAGCUAGAAAUGCCCUUCUUCAGUCAAACCUUUCUCAAACUCAGCUAGCUACUAUUUGGACUCUGGCUGACAUUGAUGGUGAUGGGCAGCUAAAAGCUGAGGAGUUUAUCCUUGCAAUGCACCUCACUGAUAUGGCCAAAGCUGGACAGCCAUUGCCACUGACUUUACCUCCGGAGCUCGUCCCUCCGUCUUUUAGAGGAGGAAAGCAAAUUGAUUCCAUUAAUGGAACUCUGCCUUCAUAUCAGAAAAUACAAGAAGAGGAACCUCAGAAAAAAUUACCAGUUACGUUCGAGGACAAGCGGAAAGCCAACUAUGAGCGGGGGAACAUGGAACUGGAGAAGCGACGCCAGGCCAUGAUGGAGCAGCAGCAGAGGGAGGCAGAGCGCAAAGCUCAGAAGGAAAAGGAAGAGUGGGAACGGAAACAGAGAGAGUUACAAGAGCAAGAAUGGAAGAAGCAACUGGAAUUAGAAAAACGCUUGGAGAAGCAGAGGGAAUUGGAGAGACAACGGGAGGAAGAAAGGAGAAAAGAGAUAGAAAGACGAGAGGCAGCAAAACAAGAACUUGAAAGACAACGUCGUUUAGAAUGGGAGAGAAUUCGUAGACAGGAGCUUCUCAAUCGAAGGAAUAGAGAACAGGAAGAAAUUGUCAGGUUAAACUCUAAAAAGAAAAGCCUUCAUCUCGAGUUGGAAGCACUGAAUGGCAAACAUCAGCAGAUCUCAAGCAGACUUCAAGACAUCCGACUGAGGAAGCAAACUCAAAAGACUGAGCUGGAAGUUCUGGAUAAGCAGUGUGACCUGGAAAUUAUGGAAAUCAGGCAGCUUCAACAGGAACUUCAGGAAUAUCAAAAUAAGCUUAUCUAUUUGGUGCCAGAGAAGCAAUUAUUAAAUGAAAGAAUUAAAAAUAUGCAGCUCAGUAACACACCUGAUUUAGGAGUCGGUUUACUUCAUAAAAAAUCAUUAGAAAAGGAAGAAUUAUGCCAAAGACUUAAAGAACAAUUAGAUGCUCUUGAAAAAGAAACUGCAUCUAAGCUAUCAGAAAUGGAUUCAUUUAACAAUCAACUAAAGGAACUGAGAGAAAGCUACAAUACACAGCAGUUAGCCCUUGAACAACUUUAUAAGAUCAAACGUGACAAGCUGAGGGAAAUUGAAAGAAAAAGAUUAGAGCUAAUACAGAAAAAGAAACUAGAAGACGAGGCUAUAAGGAAAGCAAAACAAGGAAAAGAAAACUUAUGGAAAGAAAAUCUUAGAAAGGAGGAAGAAGAAAAACAAAAGCGACUCCAAGAAGAAAAAACACAAGAAAAAGUUCAAGAAGUGGAGUGGAAAGCUGAGGAGAAACAAAGUGAGCCAGCCGGUGCUUUGGUAAAUUACAGAGCAUUAUAUUGCUUUGAAGCAAGGAACCAUGACGAAAUGAGUUUUAAUUCUGGGGAUAUAAUACAGGUUGAUGAAAAAACCGUAGGAGAACCUGGUUGGCUUUAUGGUAGUUUUCAAGGAAAUUUUGGCUGGUUUCCAUGCAACUAUGUAGAAAAAAUAACGUCUGAAAAAUCUGUGUCGCCUAAGAAGGCCUUACUUCCUCCUACAGUGUCUUUAUCUGCUACCUCAACUUCUGAAUCACUUUCUUCAAAUCAACCAGCAUCAGUGACUGAUUAUCAAAACGUAUCGUUUUCAAGCCUAACUGUUAACACAUCAUGGCAGAAAAAAUCAGCUUUUACUCGCACUGUGUCCCCUGUAUCUACAUCACCUAUUCACGGACAGGGACAGGUUGUAGAAAACCUAAAAGCACAGGCCCUUUGUUCCUGGACUGCAAAGAAAGAUAACCACUUGAACUUCUCAAAACAUGAUAUCAUUACUGUCUUGGAGCAGCAAGAAAAUUGGUGGUUUGGGGAGGUGCAUGGAGGAAGAGGAUGGUUUCCAAAAUCUUACGUUAAAAUCAUCCCUGGGAGUGAAGUCAGGCGGGAAGAACCAGAAGCUUUGUAUGCAGCUGUAAACAAGAAACCUACCUCUGCAGCCUCUACAGUGGGAGAAGAGUAUAUUGCACUUUAUCCGUAUUCAAGUGCAGAACCUGGAGAUUUGACUUUCACUGAAGGUGAAGAAAUAUUGGUGACCCAGAAAGAUGGAGAAUGGUGGACAGGAAGUAUCGGAGAUAGAACUGGAAUUUUUCCAUCAAAUUACGUCAAACCAAAAGAUCACGAGGAUUUUGGGAGUGCUAGCAAAUCUGGAACAUCAAACAAGAAACCUGAGAUUGCUCAAGUAACUUCAGCAUAUGUGGCUUCUGGUUCUGAACAGCUUAGCCUUGCACCAGGACAGUUAAUAUUAAUUCUAAAGAAAAAUACAAGUGGCUGGUGGCAAGGGGAGUUACAGGCCAGAGGAAAAAAGCGACAGAAGGGAUGGUUCCCUGCCAGCCAUGUUAAACUUUUGGGUCCAAGCAGUGAAAGAACUACACCUGCCUUUCAUCCUGUGUGUCAGGUGAUCGCCAUGUAUGACUAUAUAGCAAAUAAUGAGGAUGAGCUAAAUUUCUCCAAGGGGCAACUUAUUAAUGUUUUGAACAAAGAUGAUCCUGACUGGUGGCAAGGAGAAAUCAAUGGGGUGACUGGUCUCUUUCCCUCAAAUUAUGUUAAGAUGACAACAGACACGGAUCCAAGUCAGCAGUGACCCAAUGUUGUCUUCCAGUGUGAAAGCACCCCAGAGACCCACUAUCCAAGUUUGACUCUAGCGUGGAGGCAGGGCAGGCAGCCCUGAUCAAAUAUCUCCUACACAAUUCGUUAACUUCGUUCGAAUGUUAGAGCCACUUGUGAUUAUUUCCUCGUGUUUCUAAUUUACAGUUAAAAUUUACUUGUAACAAGUUAAAGGAUAGUGGGUCUUUGUGUGGCUUUCCCUGCUGUUCACUCUGGCAUCCUUUAGCAUUUUUCUUCUUUUUUAAUUUGGUAAUUGUAGGUCAUUAGCAUGCAUGUUGAGUUUGCCCUUACAUGGUGGGAGUUCAAACACACAAAGACCCACUAUUUGCACAGACUUUUCUCGCUGGUUUGGAAUGGGCUGCCAUGCUUUUCUAAUGUUAUUGCAACAUGUAUAUUCAUUACAGAAUUCAGAAUUGCUUAUGUUUUGCUAUUAUAUUUGAUCUAAUCCUAAUCACAGUGAGCUCUUAAUUGGUUCAAUAUGUGAUUUGUCCCUAAUGUGCACUGUUUAUUACUUUAUAAUAUGCCACUAUGAGUACCAAUAUUUAAAUUUGUUUAAAGGCCAAGAAGUGGAAAUAUCCUUUUCUCUAUUUUCUGUGUAUUUUGGGGUGGGAGCAAUAACACUUUGAGGGAGCUUUUAUUAUCUCACAGAAGAGGAAAGUGGCCUGCCCCAGCCAUAUGUGCAGAGCAGGGUAUGUUUUAUCGGUUGGCUGCCCAAGAAUGAGUCCUGUACAUGGGAGUUCCCUUGGGAUCUCUGUGGUCUGGGCUCAUGAAGAAGCUUCAUGUGCUGCAGCGGUCAGUUGUUACUUCUUUACUAAUGAGCUAAAAAUGGAUUAUUUUUGAGGAAUGAAAGGCUCCCUUCAUUGACCAUGAGAUAUGAAACCUUCCCUUCCUUAGAGCAUUUAUAUCUGUACAUUUUGAAGUCAAAAUUCAUGUUAUCUAUUUUAAUUAGGUGACUGCUUGUCCCAGGUCACAAAGGGACACUGGUUGACACUCUUCUUAAUGUAUUUAGUAAAGAACAUAAGGAAUCCUUGAAGAAUUUAAAUGCCCAUGAAGCAGGCAGACAGUCUCUGUCUAGUUGAGAAUGAAUUCAGUGAAGGAAACAUGUGUGAGAGCUGGCAUUCCUCUAUGUCCAUGAAGCUGCUUUGUGGCUAGAGGCUUGAUUUUACCAUUCAGAAUUCUCUGGCUACUAUCUAUUAUUCAACCACAUUGGCUACUUUGGCAUAGGAUUUUACUUCUUUUCCUUGAAUGGAAAACUUUAAAGAUAAUAAACAUUAUUAUAAACUAAUAAACGUGAGAGUACUUAGCUGAAACAAAAGGGAGUUUUAGUGGACAGUAUUAAACUAUAUUUGAAAAUCAAUGAGAAGUUUAUGCAAUUUAAAAUGUUUACAAACUGCAGUGCAAUCUACUGUUUAUGAAUGUCCAAGUAUUAUCAGGAAAAGUGUACAUACAAUCACAGAGUCUUAUUUCCUCACACAGUUCUUUAAGAAGAGUGAAAUAUGUUUUUAUAUAUCUGAGUUUUAAGUUAGAGGCAUAUUUUGUGCAAUAUUUGUGUAAAUGAGCCUAUUCAUUAUAAAUGAAUGAUUUUAGUCAUACAUUGCCUAAAUCAUAACUUUGCAACACUUGAGAAAGAAUCAACAGUUUAGUUAGAAUGUCACAAGGUUCAAAUGUCUGUGUUCCAAAAUACUUCACAUCAUUGGGAUGUAUGGUGAUAUGUAUGUGUGCUCCCUGAGGCAGGGAUUUCUAGCUAUUAGACCAUCUCAACUUUUAGCAUUUGGCAUCAUCAUGAUACUUUGUUUUUUUGGUUUUUUUGCGGUACGCGGGCCUCUCACUGUUGUGGCCUCUCCCGUUGCGGAGCACAGGCUCCGGACGCGCAGGCUCAGCAGCCAUGGCUCACGGGCCCAGCCGCCCCGCGGCAUGUGGGAUCUUCCCGGACCAGGGCACGAACCCGUGUCCCCUGCAUCGGCAGGCAGACUCUCAAUCACUGCGCCACCAGGGAAGCCCUUUCAUGGUACUUUUAUAAAAUAUGACAUAUAGGAAAGCAAUAAUACCAUUUUACAGGUGGCAUAACAGAUUUGCCUGCAGUCACUAAAGGGUAGAGUGUAAAGACUGAGUCCUUGUGAAUUCAGCUGAUCUUCUAAAUUGUACAGUUUACUUGGUCUUGCCUUUUAUUUUCUGAACUUUUUGCUUUUGCAACCGUUAGUUGGGUUCAAAAUAAGGGCAGUUACUUUAAAUCCAUUUUAAACCCUGAGGUUAGAAAUUAGACCACUUAAUUAGUCACAUGAUUUGGUGUAACAUUUUCUCCUUAUAAUUUUGAAUUUGGGUUUAUUUAAUACACUGAUAAAUUAUUUCAAAAGUAUUUUUGUAGCUCAAAUUGCUUCACUUUUACACUGAUAAAUAUAGUUUAUUAAGAAUGACAUUCAGGUAGAGCUUAGUGUCUGUAAAUCAGUUUGCAAGUAAUAUAUUCAUCAGGUACCUAUGGACUAAAUCACAUAAUGGCAUAUUUAAGCUAAGUGUCUGGGAAAUAAAUUUACUGUAUUUACAGAAAUACCCCUCUUUGUUUAGGUAUUUUGUCAUAUAUUUGAGAAGAAACUAAAAGUAAAGGAAAUGGUAUGACAUAUAAUAAUAACUUGUCCUUCUUAAAAGAGCAUGCAGUCCUUUGCAAUACCUCGUAUUCAGCCACAUAUUUGUUCUCAUUCAGUGUAAGAGGCAGCUUUCCAUUUACUUAGAAAGCAACAUAGAAAGCAACAUUGGAAGGAGUUUAUCAGGAACAUAAAAUUUUAGAAUGAACAAAUCUGAACCCUGUAAGAGGUAAAGAAUGAAAAUUUAUUUAAAAAUUGCAAUAUGUGCUGAUCAUUUUUAAGGUAUAUGAUUAAACCUGAUAGGUUUUUCAGCAAUGAAAAAAUCAGUUCUAAGACCAAAGCUGAUUUUUUUAGAACACUUGAAAAUCUAAAUCCACCCUACCUGUUGUAUAGUUUCCUCUAAAACUUUAUCCUAAGGAAUCAUUUUAAAAUAAUACAACUAUUAAAACAAUGUAACUGCUAUUUUAGUGCUUUAAAAUAUAAUAUGAAUACUGAUAGUUUAAAAUAAAGGAACUGGGGGGAGGAAAAGUAGAGAAAGAAAUGCCAAUUUCAGUCCAAAGCUUUAUUUGCCAAGUUUUCUUAGGAUGAAUUUUACCAGGUUAUAAAUUCUUGUAAAUAGAAUCUGUAAUGGAAAUACUGAGAGACUUUUGCCUGAAGUGGCAUUAUUGGAUGCUGCUGUGAUGCUACUGUAAUGUAAUAAAUUAUUAAAUUGUUGCAAAGUGCUGUUUUUUUGCCUUAAAUUUUUAUUUUGUGCGUCUUGAAAAUUAUAGUAUUAAAGGUCUUGAGAUUUGUGCAAAUGCUGGAAACGCUUGGCAUGAGGUCAUCCGUUUUUAUUUUUACAAAAUUGUAAUAUAACUAUGCAAGUGUGUUUAUUAAAAGGACACAAACUA